UUGCUUGCUCCCGCAAAUCGCCGGGUUGCUUGAAUACUAAAGAGGAGAUCGAGCCAGCAAACAGGACUACUACUACGAGAGAAAAAAAAUAUAAAGCAGAGACAGGACCGAGGAGCGGUGGGGAGGCGCGCGGCAGCAGCUAGCCCGACGGCUCGACCGGUCGACCACCACCGCACGGCGCCGCCGCCACCGGCCGUGCCAUGAUCCGUGGCCGCGCCCGGCCGCAGCCACCCGCUAUCUCCCUCCUCGCCGCCGCCGCCGCCGCCGUUCUCGUCCUUGUGCUGCUAGUAGCACGCGAUGCGGCGGCGGCGGCGGAGGUGGGGGAGGGGGAUCAGGAGGAGGAGCGCCCGCGGCUAGACUACCGGGAGGCGCUGGAGAAGAGCCUGCUCUACUUCGAGGCGCAGCGGUCGGGGCGGCUGCCGUACCGCCAGCGGGUGACGUGGCGCGGCCACUCGGGCCUCACCGACGGGCUGCAGCAAGGGGUCGACCUCGUCGGCGGCUACUACGACGCCGGCGACCACGUCAAGUUCGGCCUCCCCAUGGCCUUCACCGUCACCAUGCUCGCCUGGGGCGCCAUCGACUUCGCCGACGACAUCGCCGCCGCCGGCGAGUGGCACCACGCCCUCGAGGCCAUCAAGUGGGGCACCGACUACUUCGUCAAGGCCCACACCCACCCCUUCGUCUACUGGGCCGAGGUGGGGGACGGCGACACGGACCACUACUGCUGGCAGCGGCCGGAGGACAUGACGACGUCGCGGCAGGCGUACCGCAUCGACAAGGACAACCCCGGCUCCGACCUCGCCGGCGAGACCGCCGCCGCCCUCGCCGCCGCCUCCAUCGUCUUCCGCCGCUCCAACCCGCAUUACUCCCACCUCCUCCUCCACCACGCCCAGCAGCUGUUCGAGUUCGGCAACAGGUACAGGGGCAGCUACGACAGCAGCAUCGAGGAGGUCCGGAGCUACUACGCGUCGGUGAGCGGGUACCACGACGAGCUCCUGUGGGCGGCGCUGUGGCUGCACCGCGCCACCGGGAGGGAGGAGUACCUCCGCUACGCCGUCGACAACGCCGACUCCUUCGGCGGCGUCGGCUGGGCCAUCACCGAGUUCAGCUGGGACGUCAAGUACGCCGGCCUCCAGGUCCUCGCCGCCAAGCUGGUGCUGGACGGCGAGGCGCAGGCGGCGGCGAGGCACCGGGGAGUGCUGGAGCAGUACAGGGAGAAGGCUGAGCACUACCUGUGCGCGUGCCUCGGCCGGAACAACGGCAGCGACGUCGACCGGAGCCCCGGCGGGAUGCUCUACGUCCGCCAGUGGAACAACCUCCAGUACGCCUCCAGCGCCGCCUUCCUCCUCACCGCCUACUCCCACUACCUCUCCUCCUCCUCCGGCGCCGACGGCCUCCUCCGCUGCCCCGACGGCCCGGCGGCGCCGGCCGAGAUGCUGGCGCUGGCGCGCUCGCAGGCCGACUACAUCCUCGGCCGCAACCCGCUGCGGCUCAGCUACAUGGUCGGCUACGGCCGCCGGUUCCCCGUCCGGGUGCACCACCGCGGCGCCUCCAUCGUCUCCCACAAGGAGGACAACCGCUUCAUCGGCUGCAUGCAGGGCUUCGACGACUGGUUCGGCCGCGGCCGCCCCAACCCCAACGUGCUCGUCGGCGCCAUCGUCGGCGGGCCCAGCCGCCGCGACGAGUUCCGCGACGACCGCGGGAACUACAUGCAGACCGAGGCCUGCACGUACAACACCGCGCCCAUGGUCGCCGUCUUCGCCAGGCUGCAUCGCCUCGCCACCACCACGCCGCCGCCGGCCGACUCCGGCAGCUCGCCGGAGGAGUGCCACCGGCCGGGGGCAGCGGCGGCGCUGCGGCUGUCGGCGGAGUGUAGAUAAAAAGGUAGUAGUGGGCCGUGGUGGUUUGCGCGGGAAAUUCUUUUUUCUUUCUCGUAUACUUGCCUUUUUCUACUUAAAAACUUCACUAAAUUUUUUUUGAAGUGUUAAUACGAGAGAGAGAGAGGUAAAGAGAGGGAUUUGAUUAUUGGUGAAAAAAAACAAACAAGAAAAGAUAGUGAAUGGGUGCCAUAAUUAAGCAGGAGAUGAAGGUGAAAAAAACAUUAGUUACUUGUAUUUUUAAGGUAGGUCUCAGAACUGAAUCAAAGCAAAUUUAAAAAGGUCUGUAAUAUUUACUGGAAUGGUGGUACAUAUUAUAUAGACCAUUACAUGUUGCCUGCU